UUAAAUUGAAGAAAGUGAUCCUCAUGGAGUGGCUCGGGUUACCUGAACAACUCGACAGUCUGAAGAAGGGACAUGAAGUGCUGGAGUAACUCAGUGGAUCAGGUAACAUCUCUGGAGAACAUGGGUAGGUGAUGUUUCGAGUCAGGCUUCAGACUCUGAAGAAGGGUCGUGACCCGAAACAUCCACAACCAUAACCAUGUUCUCCAGAGAUACCUUAUCCGCUGAGUUACUCCAGCACUUUGUCAUUUUGUGUAAACCAGAAUCUGCAGUUCCUUGGUUUCUGUUGUUUGAAGGAGAAUCCCAGCCUGAAACUUCGCCUGUCCAUUUCCUCAACAAUUACUGCCUGACCUGCUGAGUUUAAGUGUUUUGCUCAAGAUUCCAGCAACUGCAGUUCCCUGUGUCUGCAUUUGUGGUUCUCAGUCUGGUUAAUUUACAAUGUAUUGGCUGUUCGUUGCUGUGUCCCUGACUAAUCACUUCACCACCGCCCUGAUAAACGCCGUGAGCCCGAGGCUGUUGGUUAGUGGCCCUGCCCAGCUGACUGCUAUUUACAGAAGAGCUGCUUAGGUAACAGCCCGCAGCCCAAUGGUUGUGCGGGGGCUGUGCCCUUGUGUCACAGUCUAGAUCGCAGUCCCGGGACUUAGUUAUCACUGAAGCCUCGGCCGUUGUUAGUGAUGGAGGUGCCAAGCGCUCGCACUGAAAUGCUGCAACUGGCCGACGAGGCUCUCCGGGUGAAGAACGACGAGCUGGCGGCCGGCAUGUAUGAGUUCAGGUUGUUGGAGCUGGGCCCCGAGCGGCGCGUCUGCCUGCGCCAGGCCGACGAUCUGUGCCGCUGCGACCGCUUCAGCGAGGCCCUGGAGGCCUACCAGAAGGCAGCGGAACUGGGCCGACUGCGGCCCGAAGACAUGCAGACCCUGCUGGACAGCAUCACGACCAGUAUCCGCAGCAAGGAGAUGGAGGGCAGCGGCGAACCACAGGGCCCAGGCCCGCUCCGGCCCAGCGACCCGCUCGGUCCAGGCGACGAGGAAGAGGACGCUGCUGGGCGGUCGCCGCUGGGCUGCGGCUUGUGCUUGCGGCUGCUCUUCGAGCCCGCGUCGCUGCCGUGCGGACACUCCUUCUGCCGGCGGUGCGUGGAGCAGGCGCCGGCAAAGUGUCGGCUCUGCAAGCUCCCCGCUGCCGGGCUGCCCGGACCCAGGGCCGGGGCUGGAUCCACGGCCUCCUCAUCCCCGGUCUCCCCCACUGGCUCCAGCUUCCGCCCCAAUGUGGUUCUCUGCAAAUUAAUGGAGAAGUGGUUCCCGAGUGAGAGCCGCGCUCGGAGGCUGCAGGCUGAGGCCGAGGCGCUGCACCAGAGCCGCGACUUUAUGGGCGCCCUGAAGCUCAUCGGACAAGCGCUGUCGCUGGUACCCCAUGACUACUCUAUGUUGUGUAAACGUGCAGAGCUUUAUGUAACUCUUGGAAAAUAUGAAGAAGCACGUUGUGAUGGGGAUAAAGCGUGUGCAAUGAAACCUCUAAAGGCAAAGGGGCAUUUUUGGAAAGCCGAAGCUCUUGCUAAAAUGGGUAGAAUUGAAGAAGCUUUGAAGGAAUAUUUAUACUGCUUUGCUCUGAGGCCAGAGUGGAAAGCUGUAAAAGUAAAAGCUCAAAAGAUCAUGUGUGAUAUUUUUGCUCCUGUUGCGGAAAAUAUGGAGGAUGCCCUAAUAACCAAUGUGCGGGUGCAGUCAUCUAUUAGACCCAAGCCUACUUUUCUCAGCACUCUCAAUUCUGCGCCGGUUCUCGAAGCUGGAGCAGUUAAUGGACCUUUUGAGUCUUUGGUCAAUAUGAAUAAAUCUGUAGUCGAGGAGCCACAUGAAUCUAAUCAAACAUUGACUAAAUCCAAGAUAACACUCAGAGAAAAUUCUCUGUUGGUUGAACUAGCUCCAUCCAAUUCAAUUCAUGACGGCUGCAAGAGAAAGCUAUCAAGUGAGACAGAGUUCUGCGAAAACUUCGAAAGACCCAGAAAAAUGGCUAAAAAAGACGAAUUUGCGCCUUUUACUUCCAAAGCACAUGGGGAAAUUCCCAUUCACCUUGUGGAUCCAUCAGAUUUCGAAUGUUCUCUUUGUAUGAGAUUGUUCUAUGAACCUGUCACCACUUCCUGUGGGCACACCUUCUGUCUGAGGUGUUUAGAACGCUCUCUGGAUCAUAAUUCCAGAUGUCCACUUUGUAAAGAAAAUGUAGCUGAGUAUUUGGAAACAAGGGCUUUUGGUAAGACAUUCUUGAUAGAAGAUCUGAUUGUUCGAAACAUGCCUGAAGAAUUAAAAGAGCGAAAGAAGUUUCAUGAAGAAGAAAUGGAAGAGCUGUCCAACCUCACUGAAAAUGUUCCGAUUUUCGUCUGCACCAUGAGCUUCCCAACUAUUCCAUGUCCUCUCCAUGUUUUUGAACCACGAUAUCGACUUAUGAUCCGCAUGUGUAUGGAAACUGGCACCAAGCAAUUUGGAAUGUGCGUUGGAAAUGAACUUAAAGGAUUUGCUGAUUAUGGCUGCAUGCUAGAAGUCAGGGAUGUGAAGUUUUUCCCUGAUGGACGCUCUGUAGUUGAUACAGUUGGCAAACGUCGAUUUAAAGUGUUACACCAUGGACUGAGAGAUGGAUAUAACACUGCUAAUAUUGAAUAUCUGGUAGACAAGAAGGUGGAAGGGGAAGAGUAUAAUGAACUUGUUUCUCUGUCUGACUCCGUGUAUGACCAAGCCUUCAAUUGGUUCAAAUCUCUCAAGGAUGAUAUGAGAACUCAAAUCCUGAAUCACUUUGGACCAAUGCCGGGAAAGGUGCCAAUACCUCAGUUAAGUCAAGAUGGCCCUGCCUGGUGCUGGUGGCUGUUAGCUGUAUUACCUUUGGAAAGUCGUGCUCAGCUCGCAGUUCUCUCAAUGACCUCGCUCAAAAAUCGCCUUAUUGCUAUUCGCCGUGUAUUGGUAUUUGUGACCCGAAAACAGUUCCGGCCAUUGUGAUGAUGAUUUACUGGGAUUCAUAUCUGCCUUCCAAAUGUAGUACUUCUUGGUUGUUACUUUUUAGUUGAAUCUACAUAUGGAAAACUCAUCAUGGCCCAGUCUAAAGCAAAAUCAUGUAGCUUUUGAAAGGAGAAAUAAAACUGAACAGCGAGUUGCCCUUUCCACAUGAAUCGGUCAAAGAAAAUGUGCUGAUAAACAUAGUAGAGUCCACCUCUGUUGGUAAAUAAAAAAUCAUCAUGCAGAUGUAGUGAGGACCAAGUGGGGUCAAAUUAAACUCGCCAGAUAUGAGCUGGCACAGUGCUGUGUCGACUUGAAAUAAUAUGUUUAAUGUCCAUAGAUUGUAGGUCUUUGAUCUUUCCAAGAAACCAGGAGUGGCACAGCUGGUAUUCAGAACUUGGAAUAAGGGCAGUGUAUGUGGAAAGCUAAUUUUAACUGAUCAUCGUGUCUGAAUGGAUAAAACACGGUCUAUUUACACUGCUGAGAUCUGAAAAAAACAAAAACAUCUAAGAUUUACUGCCAACUGUGUAAAUAUGCAGACAGUUGGCAAAUCUUAGACGUUUUUGUUUUUUCAGAUCUCAACAAUCUAAAAUAUCUCAACUCUUAGGUUAUUAAUUAUUUUCAAAGCUCAGUAAUUCUUAAGAAAUUACUUUAACUGGUACAGGAAAGUUCUGUUUCCUAUCCUUUGCCUAUCAUCACUGAGUGCUAUUUUUCAGGCAAAAGUUGAUUUAACUUUUGAUUUAUUUAGAUUCCUCCAUUCACUGCAUAUAAAUGUUUAAUCCAUUACUGUAUUGGAACCAGUUUUCUUUGAUUUCCCAGUAACAUUGUGCCAUUCAACCAUCUAGAAUUCAUUUAAUUCCUAACAACAUGGCAAAAAUUAUGUCAACUUGCCUGUUCAAAAUGUUGCACACUUGUAAUGGGAAAUACUCAUUGUGUGUUUGGAAAAAUGUAUUGUUGCUGUGAAUUUUACUGUUUUUAUUUGUUUGCAACGUAAAAAGCAUUCACUGAUUUGUGGUAUUACCAUGGUUGAAUUUGUACAAUUUCACGUGCAUUUUCAAAUUGUUGUACUGCUUGAACACAAUAACUUUUUUGCAUUUGUUGAAGUUGAAACCAAAAAGAGUAAGGUUAUAUAUUUGUUACUAAAACAUGACUCAUGAAAAAGCAUUGUCCAAAUAUUGUCAACUUUUGAUUCGAUUUGUAUCGUCUUUGAUAUUGUUCCUGGCAUUUAUCGUGACUUAUGUGUAGUGUAUAUACAGACGCAGAAUUUGUUUUGCAAUGGUGGUAAGCACUAGCAUGAUGAAUUUUCAACUGGGGCCAUAUUACCGUCACACCAUUGCUGCCUGCAAAUCAUUUUUACUUUGUCAGGUAGUAAAAUAUACAAACUUCUUUCUCAUUCUUGGUUUUGCACAUCAUUUUCUAACUUGUAUAGAUGUGAAAGUUAAUACCAUGUUGCAAUUUAUAACAGGCAAAAGAAUCUAGCAUUUGGUAUGCAGCAACAAAAAUGUACCAAUGCAAACCCCAGAUCAGUUUACAUUCCGAUUAUAAAUGCACAUGGUAUGCUACCUCAUUGAACUUGAACCGGAAACUGACGAUCUUUUAAGUUUUUAAUGUAAUGGUCCGUACAAAGCAUUUUCCAUUAAAAUAUAUUUAACCAGAGGCCUUGUAACCUAAAGUCUGUGAUUGAAAUUUGUUCUCUGACACUUGGCACUAAAUAAAUAAUAAAGUAGCAGUUCCACAUUAUAAAUCCCUCAAAUCUUGAAUUUAGUGCAAGCAAAGAAGGACUCAUUUCUGGCCCUAGAUCUUUUUACUGUGCUAAUUUUUUUUUUUUGUGUGUGCCAUUGUGUGAUGUGUUACCAUGUUUUGAUUCUAUACUUUUUUUUCCACGAUUCACAAUCACAAAGUGUUCAGUACAAUAUGCUGCAAUUUCUUGUGUAAAUAUGUAUUAUACAAAGUACAAAAUAUAUUUAUUUGGAUUCAAA